AUCGACGACCGCGAUCACUUCAUCAUUGAAGCAGAACGGAAGCGACAGAAGUUUGACACUCCAUGUUUCGGGACGACAAAAUGACAGGCAAUUGGCAAGGAUCUUCGACAUCGGAUCAGCAACAGGAACAACACAUUGUCAAAAAUCAAGAAUCUCACCAUUUGCCAACCACGCCCGGUUGGUGUAGCGUCGAUAAAACCAGACAGAAAUCUACCGAAGACAGAAACAACGAUUCAGGGAUAUCACCUGAUCAUUAUACGAACAAUUCCACAUCUCCGAUGAGCAGAGCGUCAACGUCCACUGCUAAUUGCAGCUUGUCACCGGAAAGCGCGAUUUCUCAGGAUUGGAACAACAUGCAGAACAACACGCAAUUCGGGCACAACACGCAGAACGGCGAUUCGUCUGGCGAGUAUGAGAAAUCGCGUAACGUGAACGAACCUCAGCCGGAACAGGCGAUGAACGUUGCAACUUCUAACGCGAUGCAACAGGGCAGCGAGGACUCAAAUCCUAGCCAGGACUUGUUACAAUGUCCCGUUUGCAGUUUCUCAUCGCCGAAUAGAGUAAUGUUGGCCGAACACUUGACCACCCAUUACGCGGCAAAGUUCGAGGCGACGGACUUUGUAAAAACGGUGUUUAAUCAUCUUUCGGUUCAGGAUGAGAGCAGAAUGUCGCCAAAUCAAAGCUCGGCACGCUCGGAACGCUCGGAACCCUCGGAACGCUCGGAACGCUCGGAACGCUCGGAACGCUCGGAACAGGAACUGGAGGAAACGGAAGAGCCAGGGCUCCGUGUUCCACGAUUGAACUCUCAGGGUAAAGUGAAAACAUUCAAAUGCAAACAGUGCAACUUUGUGGCAAUCACGAAACUCGAGUUUUGGGAUCACAGCCGCAGUCAUAUCAAAGCCGAGAGGCUUCUCACCUGUCCGAAAUGCCCUUUCGUCACCGAGUACAAACACCAUCUCGAGUAUCACUUGCGCAAUCACUUCGGCUCGAAACCGUUCAAGUGUGACAAGUGUCCGUAUACGUGUGUGAACAAAUCAAUGCUUAACAGUCACUUGAAAUCACACUCCAACGUUUAUCAAUAUAGAUGCGCCAACUGUUCCUAUGUUACGAAGUAUUGCCACUCCCUGAAACUUCACUUGAGAAAGUACAAACACGAUCCCGCGAUAGUGUUGAACAUUGACGGUUCGCCAAACCCGCUGCCGGUUAUCGACGUUUACGGGACGCGUCGCGGUCCUAAACCGAAAUCCCGAGUCAAGUUUCGGCAACAGGCCGCUCACAGUAGCAUGUCAAAAAAUAACUUGACAGACGAUAACGGUGGACAGGCUACGGUGACUUCUACUCAAUUCAGUCCUGAAACCACCAAUCCUUCCCCCGUAAACCACUAUUGGCAACCGAGUUUUCCGACGAAUGGCAUGGAUGUUGUGAGUAACGGUACCGCUCCUAUAAACGGCCUGACCGGAUUCGUGCAAAACCAAUUCCCAUUCUCCUAUACUCACUUACUCCCCCAAUUACCGUUCAUGAACUCAACUGAAGACAACAACGUCGACAGACAAUUGGAUCACAUGAGAUCUAACGGCUUAAUGGAAUAUUUAUAUGAGAAAUCGAUGGACCAAGAGAGCGUACCGAAGGACGCGCCACAAAAUCUGGUGGUCCGAUGUCCCGAUGGAAACAUCGCCUCGUGCAGUACUAGCGUUACUCAGGAGGUAGCUGACGAUACGGGAGCGAAAACGGCGGAACCUGCGUUUUUCGGGACGGCCAGCUCGUCGAACGCGUCCGAAAGCAUGGACGUCAACGUCGAGCCGCUGGAUUUGAGAAAAUGCAACGCGAGCGCGCCGUCAAAGUCAGCCGUCAAACAGAAGACCGGCACCAGCAGACGCAAGGGAAAGGCUGUGAAACUGGAUCGUCGGGUACUCGAGGAAGACACGGACGACGAACAACAGGUGACGAUGCAACAGGAGCCGCAACAAUUUGGAGAACAGCAACAGUCAGCCCAGUCGUCAACUGCUAACGGGUCGUGCAGUUUCGGGAAUAACCACGAGUUUACUUGUCAGUACUGCGACAUCAUAUUUGGCAAUGUGGUAAUGUAUACCGUUCAUAUGGGAUAUCACGGUUACAAUGAGCCGUUCACUUGCAACAUGUGCGGCCAUCAGGCUGUCGACAAGGUGUCCUUUUUCCUUCACAUUGCCAGAUCGAAGCAUUCGUAGAUUCAACCGACAAGUAAAACACGAGGUGAAUCCUGACGACGAAGUUGAAAUGUUUCUUCUUCGAAUUUGUUUGGAUUGGCUUGCUGAGAGUGGAAUCGCGAGUGGCAUCGAAUACUUGCUCUUUUAACGUUUUCGACGAAUACGA